AUGGAAGACGAAACAAAAUCCCAUGUCACCGCCAGAGACUUGAAGACGCUCCGUCGAGCCCUGCAAAAUGUCCCACAAAGACGCCAGUGCGCUAAAUGCGGUGACACGUCGAAACUCGAAUGCCCCAAGUGUCCUUCGGGACAGGUUUGCCAGUACACCGUCCCAGCAGACUGCACACAAUGCGCCCAGACGGUUUGCAUGGUCGACGACUCCCCGCAAGCCUCCAGCAACGGCAACGGUGGCGGCGGCGGCAACGGGAAAGGCGGCGGCGGCAACGGGCCAAGCGCUGCCCCCAUCGCGGGUGGAGUCAUCGGCGGCAUCAUUGUCAUCGCCUCUCUCACCUACUUGGUCUGGCGCUUUCUCAUCAGGCCCAAACGGUCACGAAUCUCUCCGUCCAUCUACGACUCGUCCGCAAAAAACGCCCGAGAUGUCGAAAAGGACAACGCUUCCCGCUUCACCCAUCGCUCCUCGACCCACACCGUACACUCCAUCGCCUCGACCGUCUUGACGCGCGCCUCCAACAUCAUCCAAAUAGCCUACAUCCCCGGCGUCACCAAUCGAGCGACUCCGACGUCGCCGUCAGUGCUCGUACCCCCCGUGCCGCCGAUCCCGAUGCAUCACACGGAGGCCAACCGCAGCUCCAACCAAGACGAGCAGCAUUUUUUCGUACCCGGAAACCUGCGCGACUCGACCUACUCGGGCAUCUCUGAGUUCUCGGACCGAACGUCGUAUGCCCACCGCUCGAGCAUCGCGUCCACCAUAUACGGCAGACAGGCCCAAGUCCAGACGCCGGCGCAGACUGGCAUGCGCGCCAAGCCGACGGUUGUCAGCGUCAAGUCGGGCGGCAACGGAUCCUUUACGCCUCCUGUCCCCAGCAUCGACUUUGACAAGUUUGGCGGCGGACGACCCAAGAGCGUGACGAGCACCUUUAGCGUCGGGUCGACCAUUGUCAACAACGCAAACACGGCCACGCAAGCCCGGGCGCAGGUGGUGAAGCUGGGCGGGGGGCCUCGGAAGAUUGACGUCGGCGCCAGGUCGGAGGCCAACUCAUCGUCGCUGUCCCUCGGCUCGACGGCGUCGCAGGUCUCUCCCACGCAGCCCGGUGCACGAACGCCCGACGCGGCGGCGCCGGCGGGAGACUUGGGUAUGGGAGACCAGGGGCCGUUCUCAGACCCACCCAGCACGCCAAAGCCAGCUGCCAGUGCCCGCACUCUCGGUGCGGUGAUGGAAGACGAGGGCGAGGAGCAUCGGGACGAGGGCCGAAGGUCCAGAGGGCCAGGCUCGAUUGAACGAGGCCGAAGUCCGUUUGGCGACGAGCACGCGACAAAGUAG